AUGCGCCGCUUGCAUGACAGCGGCAUGGGCGUCAAGAGGAUCGCCGCGGCCUUGAGCCGCUCCACGGACACCGUCUCGAAGCAUUUGUUCAAAAAGAACACGACCAAGAAGUCCAAGGGCCGCCCGAAGCAUUCCAUCCGCACCCCCAAAGGGUUUCUCGCUGCCCAGCGCGCUUACAAGAAGCUUCUGAAGUCCUCGGGCGGCACAAAGGAAGUGACGGCAGCCAUGCUGAAGUCCGAGAUGAAGUUGACAUGCGACAUCAAGACAGUGCGCCGCGCGUUUGCUGAGAAUGGCUACCAGUUCCGCCCGCUGUACGAGAAGCCUGACCUUUCUGAUGGGGACAAGAAGGAGCGCCUGCAGUGGGCCCGCGAGCACAAGCACCGGAGCCCCAGCCAGUGGUCACAGUACGUCCACGCGUGCAUGGACAACAAGGUGUUCCAGGUGCUGCCCAAUGCGAAGUACAGGAAGGUGGCGGCAAAGCGCAAGGUUCGCGGGGUGUACAGGAAGCGCAAGCGGGACUUCUCCGUGGGCCACGUCAAGCCGAGCAACCCUAAGGUUCUGAAGCAGAGUUCGGGCAAGGGCUCCGUGACCAUCGCGUGCGCCAUCGGCGCGGGCAAGGUGUUGAUGUGGCACCAGGUGGUCGGCAGGUGGAACGCCGCAGCCGCGGGGCGAAUGUACUCGGGGGCGCUCCAGCCCGCUUUGAAGAGGGCCUACCCUUCCGUGCGCGGCAAGUUCCGCGUCAUGGAAGACAACGACCCCACGGGCUACAAAUCUCGCUCGGGCAUGGCGGCGAAGAAGUCCGCUGGCAUCCAGACGUUGGACUUGCCGAAGCGGUCCCCUGAUCUGAUGCCGCUUGAUUUCGCCUUCUGGGCCAAUCUGAACAAGCGCAUGAGGGGGCAGGAGAAGGACUGGCCCGCGAGCAAGACGGAGACGCGGGCGCAGUACCUGGCCCGGCUGCGCCGCACGGCGUUGGCGACGCCUUCUGAGUACAUCCACAGCAUCAUGGGCAGCCUGCACAAGCGCUGCGGCUUGUUGGUCGAGGCGAAGGGCGGCCACUUCGCCGAGGGCGGUGGGAACUGA